AACACUGUGGCGGCCAUUUUUAUUUUUCUCCCUCGCCGGCCAAUGAAAAGAAGGUGCGUAUUUUUCCAGGAAAAUGACAAUUGAGAUGAUUUCGUGAAUUUGUAACAACUUUUUGCAUUAAAAUCACAUGUUUAUUCAAUAUAAAAUCAUUUAAUUCAGCCGAAGAUACGGAGCAGUUAAAUCGUUUUGAUUCUGGUGGAUAUUGUGACGAUUCGACGAUAGUUUAUUUACAACAUCCUUGUGUGAUUUUAACUGCUUUGGAACUUCUCGGAUACAAAGUUGUUGCUUCUUCAAGUACGAGUGUUAAGCAAGAUUAUAAUGAAUAUAUGUGGACUAUGAGAAAAAAUUUUGAAGAACCUGAAACCGAUACUGUACCUGUACCUGUUAUAAAGGCUGUGAGUUUCAGAUAAAAAAAAAAAGUAUGGACUCUAGUCAUUCACACGAUGGAAGUUGCUGUAAUUCUCAAAAUAAUUCUGGUGUUCGACAAACUUUAUCGGAAAUGGAAUUUGAAAGAGGAAUUUGGCAUGCGGCUCAAUCCAAUGAUGUAAAUCGAGUUAAUUGUCUAUUGCAAAAAGGUACUCCAGUAAAUAUUGAAGAUUGUUCAGGAUAUACGGCGCUUCAUUAUGGUGCAAGGAAUGGACAUAUGAAAAUUUGUAAGUUAUUGUUAGAAAAUGGUGCUAAUAUCAAUGCAUUAACUCGAUCGGGCCAUGCAACUGCACUUCAUAGAGCAGCGACUCAAGGACACAUUGAGAUCACAGAAUUUUUAUUAAAAUCAAGAGCUGAUCCGAAUAUUCGUGACGCAGAUGGAUAUACAGCUCUUCAUCGUGCAGUCAUCUCUAAUUUUGUAUCAGUCUGCAAAUUAUUGAUGUCAAAUACUGAUUUAAAAAUUGUGGAUAACAAAGGACGUACAUCAAUUCAAUUAGCCGAGGAGAAAGGAAAUCAACAAAUUAUUGAUUUAUUUCAAAAAUAACUUUCAUCGAUAAAUUCAAAAUAGGUAUUCAAAAAAAUAUUCAAAAAAAAAAAAAAUUACUAAUUUUCAGAAUAUUUAAAAAUAUUUUUCUGCAAUACACAUUUUGCAAAAAUAUUUUUAAUUUUAAUUUACAAAUUUUCUAAUAUAUAUAUAAAAUAUUAAUUUGCAAAAAUAUCAACAAUUAGAAGAAAUUACGUUUCACGUUAUCGAUUUUUUAUUUUAUUUCGUAGUAUUUUAAAGAUAUUUUCCUUUUUUUAACGAAUUUUUCUAUUGCUUUUUUUAAAAAAAGAAUUUUUAUUCAAAUUAGUAAAUAUUUUCGUUUAAUCAAAUAAAUAUUUAAUCCAUUUUGGUUAUUAUUAAAUUAGUUUUACAAAAAGAAGAUAUUCAAAAUUCGCGGCAAAUUUUAAAUCAGGAAUUUUCCGGAUGUAAGUUCAGUAGUGUGCCAAUAGACGGCGCUAGCGUUCACUUCGUGUCAGCAGUUGGUGCACUUGAUAUUGAAUAUAUUCGUGAGAAUUCGUUAAUUUUCGUUACUCUUCGUUAGCCGUUGUGUGUCAAAGAAAUUUUUAUCCCGGCCACAUAAAUACACACAUACAUAUAAAUGUAAAACAGAGCCACCUGGUGGCGUUUUGAUUUUGUAGUUUGUUGCGUUUGGUUGCGUUCGAGUCAGUUGGCGCAGGCGAUUCUACCGGGAAUUUAUUGCUGUUUAACAGCAAUUUUUGUUGUUGAAUUGCCUAAAAUAUGUGAUAAUUGCGUAGUGAGUGUUGUUAAAUAAAAAUGUCGACUAAUUCGUGUAUAUAAAUUGAUUAAUCUAGUUGUAAAACACAUUGCCAGCAAUGUAACCGUGUCGUGACGUCACACGGCUAAUCAAGUGCACAACACACAGACACACGCGUGUUACCAUCAGUUUAAAAUGCGUUUUUAAUUGUAUAAAAAAGGAAAGAAUUUGUUUCGUGAAAGAAGAAUAAAAGUUUUUUAAAAAAAAGGAAAUACAGUGAUAAGAAUUGAAGAAAUAAUAGAUACAAGAGAGAAAGGACAAGUUGGGGAGUUAUUUAGUGAAGGACAGCUCUCACACGCAGGCGUCCAACCUAAAAAACAUACCGCUCGCCAAGAGGACGACGUCCUCACUUCUUUGCCAGGGAUCGACGACACGCGAAAAUUUUCCCUCGUGUUUUAACUGUCAGUUUUAAUUUUAUCAUUGCUCUAAAUUCGUGAGGUUUUUUUUUUUUUUCAUUUUUGCGAAUAAAAAUUGUCCAUAACCUACAAGCAGGCCUGGGUAAAUCGAUUGACAGAAAUGUAGAUUGUCGCUCGUGGAGAGAAGGUCGUGUAUUUUGACAGUGUUGUGUGUGUCGUUGAAUUGUGAGGACUAUUAACGCGCGCAACGAAGCGCAUGUGUUUCGAAAUGUCUUCUGUGAACGGUGAGACGAGUGUUUCGCGUAAGGAGAACAACGCGUGGACCCUGUACGCCCCGGGACGGGUCGCUGGAUAAGGAUUAAGUCAAGUUCGUCGCGCUUUG